UUAUAAAAUUAAUCGAAGGCUGUCAUGAUUUCGGCAUCAGAAGUGAAUGGUACAGUCAAUGGUGUAGUUCCCUUCGCUGUUGCUUUGCUAGUCUGCGUGCGGUGCGGGCUACAAUUUCCUGUGGAAGGUUUGAUGCAGGAGAGAACCAUGGCGGCCACUGAGAUAGCUCGACAAGCGGGAGAGGGUGCACGUGCCGUCCCACUCUCUGGUCAUGUUGGCUUCGACAGCAUGCCAGACCAGCUGGUCAACAAAUCCGUCAACCAUGGCUUCUGCUUCAAUAUCCUCUGUGUUGGGGAGACGGGUUUGGGAAAGUCCACCCUCAUGGACACCCUGUUCAAUACCAAGUUUGAGGGUGAGCCUACGCAGCACAACCAGCCCGGGGUGCAGCUCAAGUCCAACACUUACGAGCUGCAGGAGAGCAAUGUUCGCCUUAAGCUGACUAUGGUCAACACUGUAGGCUUUGGAGAUCAGAUCAACAAAGAGGACAGUUACAAGUCUAUCGUGGAGUUCAUUGAUGCUCAGUUUGAAGCGUACCUUCAGGAGGAGCUGAAGAUUAAACGCACCCUACACAGUUAUCAUGAUACACGGAUCCACGCUUGUCUGUAUUUCAUCGCCCCCACCGGACAUUCGCUAAAGUCCCUUGACCUAGUUACUAUGAAAAAACUGGACAGUAAGGUGAACAUCAUUCCCAUCAUUGCCAAAUCAGAUGCCAUCUCAAAGAGUGAACUUGCCAAAUUCAAAAUCAAAAUCACGAGUGAGCUGGUGAGCAAUGGCGUCCAGAUCUACCAGUUCCCCACUGAUGACGAGACUGUGGCCGAGAUCAACUCGACCAUGAACGGUCAUUUGCCAUUUGCAGUGGUGGGAAGCACUGAGGAAGUGAAGAUUGGGAACAAGAUGGUGCGAGCACGCCAGUACCCCUGGGGAACCGUGCAGGUGGAAAACGAGAAUCACUGUGACUUUGUCAAGCUGAGAGAGAUGUUGAUCAGGGUGAACAUGGAGGACCUACGAGAGCAAACUCACACACGCCACUAUGAGCUCUACCGCCGCUGCAAGCUGGAGGAGAUGGGCUUCAAAGACACUGACCCCGACAGCAAACCCUUCAGCCUGCAGGAAACAUAUGAAGCCAAGAGGAACGAGUUCAUGGGCGAGCUGCAGAAGAAAGAGGAGGAGAUGAGGCAGAUGUUUGUCCAGAGAGUCAAAGAGAAAGAGGCCGAGCUGAAAGAGGCAGAAAAGGAGCUGCACGAAAAGUUUGACCGUCUCAAGAAGCUCCACCAGGAUGAGAAGAAGAAACUAGAGGAUAAGAAAAAAUCUCUGGAUGAUGAGUUGAACGGCUUCAAGCAGAAGAAGACGGCUGCAGAGCUCCUGCAGUCUCAGGCCCAGCAGGCAGGAGCCUCCACCACACUCAAGAGAGACAAAGAGAGGAAAAAUUAACCCUCCACCUGCUCCCAGUCCCGCAUGAGACACCUUAUGCUGUUCAGGAUUCCUGUAGAAAGUGCUCCCCCUGCCCGCUGUGAAUGCAGUGCUCAGUGCUCCUGAGCCAUGCUGUUUCCCUCUCCCUUCUCCCCCCUGCCUCCCCCAUCUCCCCCCUCCCGAUUUCACGCAUAACACAGCUGAGGAGGGAUAUUAACUGUGAAUGGAGUCCUUCGUUUAGAUCGUUUGAUACGUUAACUUUUGUUUUUACAUCUCUGUUUUGCUGUUUUGUGAUGUCAAUGCUGUUGCUUUGUUCUGCAUGACUAGAGUAUGAGUUGCCUUGAACAUGAGUGACUACUGUCGUGGGUUGGCAGUAGUAAGAAAACAGGCUAAAAUGAGACAGCCGACUUGUAUUAAUAGUACCAGAAUUGUUAGAAAAACAAGGGCUUGUUAAAUAAGACAGCAUUCAAGUGAUAGUUCACCCAAAAAUUGACUCACACUCUUGUCAUUUCAAACAUGUAUGACUUUCUUUCUUCCGCAGAACACAGAAAGUUGGUAACCAAACAGCGGCAGCACCCAUUCACUUCUACUGUAUGGACACAAAACCAAUGCAGUGAGUGCCUUCGCUGUUUCGGUUAAAAACAUUCUUUAAAAUAUCUUCUUUUGCGUUCUGCAGAAGAAAGAAAGCCAUACAGGUUUGAAAUGACACAGGCGAGUAAAUGAUGACAGAUUUUUUCAUUUUUGGGUGAACUACGACUUUCAGAUUGGUCAUACAGUGAAUUAGUUUUAAGGCAUCAAACGGUUAUUUUUACUGUUCAUUGGAACCUGAGAGUGAAGCUUUAGGAAAGGUAGAAGUAAUGAACUGGUGUUUUGGUAUUUUGUUGUUUUGUCUCAUUUUUGCUCAAUGCAUGUCACACAGAUACUGUCCAGUCAACUGCAGUCAUACCUCAAUGAUUUUUAUAAAUCUGUCAUUGCAAUGCUUGGACAAGCUUCUUUUUGGCACAUUUGAUACAAAUGUAAGCACCUUUUUAUAGCACGUCAUUAAAUGGCUUUUGUUUUUCACAAAUUUAAGAAAUCCCAGCUUUUAUUCAAUUUCAAAGGGACCAAUAUUUGUACUAGUAAUAAAAUGCAUUCUUUAUACAAACCCUUAAAACUGUGAAAGAGUCGUUGUCUAUGACAAUUCUGCAUUACAUACUUACAUCACUUAAACAAUAAAUAAUACAAAAUGUUUAUUUGUGUACAAGUUAAAGCAGCAUCAUUUUGGGUGAAAUGGACUGCGUUUCAUUUGGAGAGUGCUUUAAAAAUCUCAUUUCCAAAUGAAUUCAGUAAUUGGUGACUGUAAUUUUAUUGUAAAUUCUCAUUGCAACACCAAUAAUGUUUAUCCUACAUCUUGAUGUAUUUUCAUUGUUUAGAGGUGUCUGUAGCCAAGUUAAGAGAAUCUGGACAGCUUCCCCAAACCAAAUGUAGCCGUACAUCAUCAUAAAGAAGAUCUUUACAUGAAUAAAAUAUGAAAUUAGGUUUAGCCAGCUUUAGCAACUAACUUUAUCAACCAACUAUCUGUGUCAAAGCAGAUGCCAGAUUUUCAAGUGUUUAUUUCAUGCUGGUUGACGUUAUGGGUUUUAUCAUUUGAUUAACUCUCUUGCUUCCCUCCAGUGUCUCUGCUCACUGCCGUGUCUGUAUUUACUUUCCUUUGCAGUAAUCCCUGGCUCUGCACUGAGUAAUAUGGCUUUGAUAAGGGACCGGGUCAAGACUUUGGUUAACUCUUACCCCAAGAUUAAAAGGGGAGACCGUGGGAACACAGCCCUGUGCAUUUCUCAGAUCACUUCUUGUGUUUCUAUUGUGGGCUCUUUCUGCAACUUUGACUAACAUUGUAUUUAUUGUGUGAUUUGCUUAGAGCUGCGCUUAUAAGUGGUGUAUGUUUUCUGAUGUGUUGUGUGACUAACACGCUGCAAGAUGUUUGCCUUUUCAGGGAUGUGGGGAAGGAACAUAUAUAUACUAUAACCAAAAAAUUAAGCAAAUUGGAAAUGACUUCUGUUUUAGAAGAUUCACAGUGCAUAUAAAGCAGUGCAGAGGAACGGUGUGUUCUCCUAUCCACCCACAUUCCAAAUGCUUAAUGCUUAUGGCUGGCAAAAGAAAAAUCAAGAGUGUCCAUUUCUUAUUGACUGAUAUAUAGUUGAUUUCCCACUGGCGCUGAUGUGUUCAAUGACUUCCUGGUACUUUCUAAUCAGCGUUUGUGUUUCCUUUCUUU